AUGGCUAGAUGCUACGAUUCUUUGGGACAACCCUAUCGCUGUCGGUCAGCAUGGUAUGACUGGGGAAGAUGGGUAGCUCUCGGAAUCAUCAUUUUCGCCGCCAUCCUCUUCUUCUUCCUGUUUAGUUGCUGGAGUGCUCGCCGAAGACGCCGUGCUGGUCGCCAACCAUUUUAUGGCACUGGCUGGGCCGGACGGACACCCUGGGGUCAUAGCCCUGCCACAUACAAUCCCCACUAUCAAACGCAACAACAACCCCACUACAACCAACAAGCACCUCCCACCUACAAUCAGACUCAAAACUAUGGAGGAUAUUACGGAGAAAAUCAAGGGUACUUUGGCGGAAGGCAAACGGAUGUCGAGAUGCAACCACCGCAAAAUGCUUAUCGCGGAGGAGACAAUGUCUACGAACCUCCCUCAGGUCCUCCACCGCCAAAGAACUAA